AUGCUCAUUGCGUCUAGCAGAGUUCUUCUAGUGCUCGUGGUUCAGGAGACUGGUGGCCAUUUCAGAGGGACGAAUGUGUGGAAGUUACCUACUGGCGUUGUUAACCAGACGACAGAUGGAACCGGAGGAAAAAAGAAGAAGCAAGAAAGUGGAAAAGACAAGGAGAAGGACGCCCAAAAACCGGCAAAGGAAGGAGGCAAUCCCAACCCACAAGGCCAUUCUUCGGGUAAAGACAAAGGACAAGGAGGGACGGGGUCUGGCGACGACGACGACGAGGAGGAGAAAUGGGAUUGGAGGAGUCACUAUGGAAUUGUUGGCGACAUAAUCGAUCAAGGCGAGGAAGCGGUAUGCUGGGCGUUCGCAAUAGUGAGGGUCGUAGAAGCGCUUUAUAACAUAGGCCAAACCCUCUAUCUGCGGAAGUAUUUCUCGAUUCAACAUCUGGUGAAUGAGGUACCGUAUGAAAAAACCGGAAUUUUGAAUUGCAAGAGGGCUUUUGAUCAUGUUAUCAAACAUGGUUUGAUUCAAGAAGAGAAAUGCAAAUUCGUCGGCAAAAAAUUCGUCUGCAAACACAACACGAAUUUUAAUCGAACCACGGUUGAUAACUUUGUUACGGUGCACAAUGUUGAUGACACCGAGCUUCUUCUACUAGUAAGAAGACAGCCAAUUGUCGGUAUUUUAGACCUCACGGAUGAACUCCAAGAUUAUACUACUGGAUUGUAUCGAGGAUCUGGAAGCACCCCAAACCGUGGCACUCAUGCUGUAGUUAUCGUGGGGUUCGGCGUCGAAAAUGGCCAAGCGUAUUGGCUUGUCGCAUGCUCGUGGGGAAAACAGUGGGGAAAUCAAGGAUUUGGCCGGAUUGCUCGCCGGACGGUACAAGGACAACGCUCAGUGUUCAAAUCGUUUCAUUUCCCAGAAAAGAAAGACUACCCAAAGGAGUGA